UAGGUCAGUGCUUCAAGGUCCCGGAGCAGUCGUGACUGACAGUUAGCUCUUCUCAGGGCUCAGUGGCCACAGCAUUUGAAAUCCAAACUACUGUUGCUCUGCCUUGUAUCACAUGUCAUGGCAGGGAGCUUGGGCGGAAGAGUACAGGAGCAGAUGCAAGCUGACGCUCGGCCCUGGAGUCAAACACACAAACACACCAAAUGCCUGCUCACACAAGCGGAAGAGGUGACAAAACACAUCAGAACCAGGACACUGUCAAAGAACCAGGACACCGUCAAAGAACCAGGACACCGUCAAAGAACCAGGAUACCGUCAAAGAACCAGGACACCGUCAAAGAACCAGGACACCGUCAAAGAACCAGGACACUGUCAAAGAACCAGGACACUGUCAAAGAACCAGGACACUGUCAAAGAACCAGGACACCGUCAAAGAACCAGGACACCGUCAAAGAACCAGGAUACCGUCAAAGAACCAGGACACCGUCAAAGAACCAGGACACCGUCAAAGAACCAGGACACUGUCAAAGAACCAGGACACUGUCAAAGAACCAGGACACUGUCAAAGAACCAGGACACCGUCAAAGAACCAGGACACUGUCAAAGAACCAGGACACCAUCAAAGAACCAGGACACCGUCAAAGAACCAGGACACUGUCAAAGAACCAGGACACCGUCAAAGAACCAGGACACUGUCAAAGAACCAGGACACUGUCAAAGAACCAGGACACUGUCAAAGAACCAGGACACCGUCACAGAACCAGGACACGUCAAAGAACCAGGACACUGUCAAAGAACCAGGACACCGUCAAAGAACCAGGACACCGUCAAAGAACCAGGACACUGUCAAAGAACCAGGACACUGUCAAAGAACCAGGACACCGUCAAAGAACCAGGACACUGUCAAAGAACCAGGACACUGUCAAAGAACCAGGACACCGUCAAAGAACCAGGACACGUCAAUAUUUACCAUAUACUGUCUUCUCUUCUUUCUUCAGAAGUAAUGAAGAGAAUUAGCUGAUCGUGUGAAUACCAGACAGAUGUCAGGGGAAAUAAAUACAUUCCUGUGUAAAUAGUGGAGGGGAAAAAUAGCAAGGUUACCUAGGCUGUCCACUUUUAACUGAGGUCUUCCAAUUAAAACCAUUUGAGUCCGUCUUGUAAUUUGUGAAAGAGAAUGACAGUAGCACUUUGGAUCCUUUAAGCAGUCUAUUUGUGCAGGAAUCUCUGGGUAGUGUGUUGGGUUAAAAAGAUCAUAGAAAUGAUGUGAAAACCUGAACCAGUAAAUGUUAUUCAAGAAACAGAGUGAGUUUCUAGAAAACAUCAUUUUCAAUCUGAUUUUCUAUAUUGCAAUAUGUUUGCUAUCCAAUACUACACACAACCAAAUAUACUAAA